CUCGGAUUAUCGAUGGACCACCACUAAUGACCGUCAUAUAUAAACAUGUCAAAUGUCAUUGAUAACCAUGCUUUUGCUACAAAAAAUUCUGUGUCAAACCCCAUUGUUCUGUUCUUUGUUUGUUUAUUUAAUUGAAGGUGUAAAAAUGUAAACUUUCCCUCAACCCUCCCCUUAAAAUUCUCUAAUUACUACUAACUCAACUAAAUUGCACAGUCAAAGCUCCAGAAUCUACAAAAAAAGGAGCAACUUUUUUUUUUUUUUCACCUACAACUGCAAAUUCUUUUGUUCCCUCACUGUUGUGUAUUGACAACUUAACAAUCUUCUCUAUCACCCCAUCUUCAUUUUUCUCACUCUUGUUAGUUAUUCCUGGUACCCAUUUUGAACAGUGAUGAAGCGUCAUCAUAGGUCACCACACCACCAACAGAGAAGUUGGGCUGAAAUAUGUUGUUUCGGUUGGUCCUGCUUACAGCUCUUCUGGGCAAGGGUGGUCAUGCGCAAGUGGUUUAACAUGGGGAGCUAUGAGUCUGAUUACAGUGCUGACCCUGUUGAUGAUGAUUCUGAAAGUGGUUCAGACAAUGAAGAGCGAGGAAGACAGUCGCAGUUUGCGGACAACAGAUGUAAUGAAGAUGAAGCUUCAUCUGAAUCAUCAGAAUUUCUUCCAAAGUUAAGGAGGCAAAAGUCAUCAACUUAUAGAUCUCAGUAUAUAAACAAAAAUGAGCUGAGGGUAUGUGUUGGGACGUGGAAUGUUGGAGGAAAGCUUCCACCUGAUGACCUUGAUAUUGAUGAUUGGCUUGGCAUCAACGAACCAGCUGACAUCUAUGUCCUGGGUCUUCAAGAGAUUGUACCCUUAAACCCUGGUAACAUAUUUGGUGCUGAAGAUACCCGUCCUGUUCCAAAAUGGGAGAAUAUUAUUCGAGAAACACUGAAUAGAGUUCGACCUGAAAUGCCAAAGAUAAAAUCCUUUAGUGACCCUCCAUCUCCAUCAAAAUUUAAGCCCUCAGAUGACGUCCCUGAUAUAGAAGAAGAAAUAUUACUUGAAAGUGAUAGUGACAUUGGUGAGGAAGUCCAUCCUUUGGAUGAAGAAAACAAUAUUUGUGAUGGAACAUUCAUGGGUGAAACUGUGAAUACAAAUUUAUUAGCUUCCGAUGCUGCUGAUAUUGCAAACACCACUUUGCCAGUUAAAACUGACUUACAGAGGCAGUUUUCUUUUCCAAAGAUGUUUGAUAGGCAAAAAAGUUUUUCAGAAAACAUGGACACAUCAUUUGCCCAACAGGCCACUAAACUAACUCGAAUGCUUAGUGGGUCUGAAAGGGUGGUUUUGAGCUGGCCAGAGCCUCCACUACAUCUGCUAUCUCAGCGAGUUUUGGAUAGACCAACUUCUUUUAAAUCACUCAGAUCCUUUAAAUCAUCUAAGUCGUUCAAAACAUACAACUCUUUCAAGUCAAUUAUGGAUGAAAUGCCAGGGAUUGUAAGUCUUCCUGAAAUUGACCUUGAAGCUUUGAUAAAGAGAAAAAGAAGAUCAUCAUAUGUAAGGAUUGUGAGCAAGCAAAUGGUUGGGAUUUUCAUCACCAUUUGGGUUCGUCGGAGCUUGCGUAAACAAAUUCAGAAUUUAAAGGUUUCAACUGUUGGAGUUGGUGUAAUGGGCUACAUUGGUAACAAGGGAUCAAUCUCUGUCAGCAUGUCCAUACAUCAGACGCUUUUUUGUUUCAUAUGUACCCACCUUACUUCAGGUGAAAAGGAAGGAGACGAACUUAAAAGAAAUGCUGAUGUUUAUGAGAUACUUCGUAGAACCCAUUUUCAUUCACUUUCUUAUGUUGGACUUCCCAAAAAUAUCCUUGAUCAUGAACGAAUAAUUUGGUUUGGUGAUCUGAAUUAUCGUAUCAACUUAUCAAAUGUGGAAACAAAAGCUCUUAUCUCAAAAAAACAGUGGUCAAAAUUGGUUGAGAAAGACCAGCUCAUGCUAGAACUCAAGAACGGUGUGUUUGGAGGAUGGUCAGAAGGCGUCUUAAACUUUCCACCAACUUAUAAGUAUGAGGUCAAUUCAGAUAAGUACUACGGAGAGGAUCCCAAGGUUGGAAAGCGCUCACCAGCAUGGUGUGAUCGUAUUCUUUCAUAUGGCAAGGGAAUGAGAUUAUUGAGUUACAGAAGGGCAGAGCUCAAACUGUCUGAUCACAGACCUGUGACUGCCAAAUAUAUGGUUGAAGUUGAGACAUUUUCUCCUAGGAAGCUACAGCGAGCCCUAACUUUCACUGAUGCAGAGAUUGAAAAUGAACAAGUCAUGACAAAUUUAAGUAAUUGGAAUUUAGCUGCUUAACUGGACAGGGAUACAUCAUGAGUUGUAAAGGAGAUUAACUUGCAGAAUUUCAGGAGCAUCAAUGAUAGCUGCUGCAACUUCUAACACUCACAUUGCCACUACUAGAAUUAGAUUCAUUCAUUUUUUUUUUCUUGAAUUUUUUGUAAUAUGAUUUUUCCUUUUAGCAAUAAGAUUUAGAGUUUGUUUGAUUGGCUAUAUCCUGUAUAUGUACAUUAUGUGAUUGAGGUGUGCAUUGUAUGUAAGAUAUUUUCCCUUUGCCUUUUCUUCUUUUCAUAUUUUUUGCAUCAAUGGCUUUGUUUCAUAUAUAGGCAUGAGGGAGUUUUGUGUGAAGGCAUGGUGUAGGAAUUUUGGAGUGAUCGAUGUAAUUGGUAUGUAAGGGAUUUAAGGGGUUGACAGGGAGUUUUUGUUUUUUCUACUGUCAGAUUUCUUUGAAUCGUUUUCUAGCAAUUGUGGCACAACAUGCAUUGUGUUGAUUCCUUCC